UUUGCAUAAAUAUGAUUAUUAUCUUAAUUAUGUCAAUUAAGUAGAAAUUAGUUAUAACUAAAUGGGUGUCAAAUUGAGUGGCCACUCUGGACUUAACUUAAAUCGUCAGUUCCUCUAUAUAGCCAAAUGGGCACUUCUUGGUGCUGUCAUUUGGAUUAUAACAAUACUGAUUCGUGAAGUCGAGUUUGUCCACAAAAUUAAUGAACCUACAGCUUCGGCACCGAAUGAAGAUGAAGUAUUAGUAGACAUCAGUCAAACAGCAGAUCUACUUUUCCCUCAAGAUCUUAGUUUUACAAUCAAUGAGGGCAUUAAAAUAGGUGAUAAAGUGCCAAAUUGUGGUCUUCCCUUAUCGUGUGACAGUAACCACUUUGCCGUACAUUUAUUCACCGGAAAAGAUAAUCAAAUUUUUCCAAAAUUAUGUAUUGACGGCCAAUAUUUAUUAGAUAAAGGAGUCAAUGGUUGCGGUCGAGGAAUUAAUUUGGUGGUCAUUGAUAACAUCACCCGAUCGAUACUUAGAGUCUCCAAUUUUGACACUUAUGAAAAAACUUCCCAACCGUUAGAAACAUUACUUUUGACGCUAAGAGUUGGCGAUAUUAUAAUUAUGAUAUCAUUUGAUGAGUCGACCGCUAAAUUAUCAAAAGUUGCCCGACUUUUGAUGCAUCAAUUGGGCAGUAAUUGGGCCCAGAAUUUGAUAUACAGAAGCAGUUGGUAUAUAAUAACACAGAAAGGCAUCAAUGGAUAUACUCCUUAUGAAAAUCUUAAUCUGCCCAACACUGGUGGGUGGGCCGACUCACAUGAAAUCAAAUUAUGUGUUCCUCUUCAAAUUAAUGGUAUAGCCGUACAACCAGACCCUAUACUCAAUCGUAAUCCCAAACGAUUGAAAUUUUGUAGUAAAUAUUCACAAGAAUUUCCACUGUUUUGUGAGGGUAAUGUAGUGAAUGAUCCGCUAACUCCGGCCCGUAUAUUGAAAUAUUUGCCGAUAAGCAAUGAAAUAGUGAGAACACCCAUAAUUGUGAUAACGGGUCCAACAUAUUCACAAAACAUAUACUUAUCGCUAACGUUGGAAACAUUAAUACGUCAGCCGGGAAUCACAUCAAGAAAUGUAAUCGUAUUUUACGAUAACGUUAAUUGUCCACUAAUUGCCGAUUUGGCCGAAGUUUUUGAUUUUAUGUCAAAUGAUUUAUCGGAUUUUGGAUCAGAUUUGAAUGAAAUCUUAAGAACGACUGAACUAUUAUUUCCUGACUCCAAAGCAUUUAUUUUAAUUGAUAUGAAUACUAUAUUAGCGCCCGAUUUCAUCCCAUUUAUGGGACAAUUAAUGCCUUUUUUAUUAGUUAGCGGUUCGGACAUUGAGGCCAUAUCUGCGUGGAAUGAUAAUGGUUUUGACAGUGUAUCCAAUGAUACGAGUGGUAUAUAUCGAGCCAAUGGAUCCAAUUAUAUGCCCCGAUUUGCCGCAAUGUUUCGCCGGGGAUUUGCAUUCAAUAUAAGCUCUCCUUAUUUGUGGUCAUUUGGAGGC